UUGAUAAGACAUAACACGAUUUAUUUGACAGUAGUAGUCCUUUUGAACACAUUGAUUCGAGACGCUUGCUAUAUAUAGUGCGAGGUAACAGGAGAAAAGCUUUAUUUGAAGCUGAUAAGAUGACUUAUUUUAACUCCACAAAACGUCCCAACAAUUUGGCCUUUGUCCGAUUUAGCGGGGGUUCAAGAACUCUUGCUGUGUCUUCCGACAAAGCUUCCAAGGUGUAUAAUGUGUUGGGAAUUAAUAACGUAAAACUUAUUUAUGAAAACGCAAGCUGUACCGAUGCUGUGUGUCUGGAGCGUCUCAAUACUAGCAAUCUGCUAGCAAUUGUCCGGGUCUCAAACCCAAAACAAGUCGACCUCUUCGAAAUCACAAGAGAGGAUGAGCCAUUAUACUCAUUUGAAUUUGAAACCGUAGUUCUAGAUGUUAAGCUCAACAGCAAGAUCAUGGUAAUUUGUCUUGAGGAAUCAAUAGUGAUACAACCAAUGGAGAAUCUGCGAAAGCAAUAUAAAAUUACCGACCUUUGGCAAAACUACAACGGAGUGUGCGCCUUGGGCAAAUACUUAGCCUAUCCCAGCUCGUCCUAUGGAGAACUGCACCUGUUUGAUAUAGAUGAGCAGACAGUCAAUAGAAAGAUAUCAGUCCCUGAUGGGCCCUUGGUCGUCAUUGAGUUCAGUUCUAAGGGCGAUUAUUUGGCAACAGCCUCAGAGAAAGGCACACUCAUCUGGGUGUAUGAAACCAACAGUGGAGAGAUGCUCUGGCAAUUCAGACGUGGAGCGAUGAGAUGCGCCAGCGUUUACAGCCUAUCAUUCAGUCAGGACAACAAGUUCCUCUGCUGCUCUAGCAACACUGAAACAGUGCACGUGUUCCAAUUGCAACCACAUCCGUCAGGAGGAGACUCAGAGACUAACGCAGAAGUUGGCUGGCUCUCCUGGGCUUCGAGUUUUCUACCCAGUUUCUACCCUGAAGAUCGGUCAUUCGCGAUGGCUCGCCUCCUCACCAAAUGUGACCGCACUACUUGCUGCAUAAAAUGGUAAAACCCAUUUACCCUUUAUAUUU